AGCAGGCAAGGCAGCAGCGCUGCCUGCCCUGCCCGUCCCAUCGGCUCUGGCCAUGGACCCCCAGGGCCCAGCGUGGCCGGGCAGAGAGGACCCCAUGGAUGAUGACCGCCCCCUCUUCAGCACCUUCAAACCCAUCAGCGAGAACAACACGGCCAGCACCAAGCCAGCACCCGUCCUGACCCCGGUCCAGCCCCAGGGCCACCACGACACGCACGGCAGGGUUCCACGAGGCUCCGGGGCGGCUCUGCCAGGCUGGUCCCUGCCAGAGGGGGACCCGCGGCCAGAGCUGGUGGCCCUGCGUGCCCAGACCAGGCUGUGGUUUGAGCAGACGCAAGCCAGGAGGCUGGGGGCCAAGGGUGAGCUCCCGACCUGGUUCCAUGGCUUCAUCAGCCGGAGGGAGACGGAGCAGCUGCUGCAGGAUCAGCCCUCCGGCUGCUUCCUGGUGCGCUUCAGCGAGAGCACCGUGGGCUUCGUCCUGUCGUACAGGGGCAGGGAGCGCUGCCGGCACUUUGUCCUGGACCAGUGGCCGGACGGGCGGUACGUGAUCCUGGGGGAGCAGAGCGCCCACACCGAGCUGACCGACCUGCUGCGGCACUACGCCGCGGCCCCCAUCAUGCCGUACCACGAGUUCCUGACCGUGCCGUGCAGACGGGAAGAUGAGCCCCAAGGAGGGACGCGGUGCCCAGCCGGCAGCGACGCUGCACGUUCCCCAUCGAGCGAAGCACCGGCAAACCUCCUGGCGUACAGCAUUGUGUCCAGGGGGCCCCCAGGAGCCAGGCAGGCAGCCACAGCCCCCCCGCCGGAGGAAGGCUCCUCCAGGGAGGCUGCCAGCAUCCCCCCACCGCUCCCAGCCAAGGCCAGCUCCUUGGCGGCGGCUCAGGGGCCGCACAGCCCCUCCGGCAGCGGAGCAGCUCCCGAAGGUCCCUACGCUCAGGUGCACAAAGAAGCCGUCCUCCCUGAGCCCCCCGCGCAGCCCCAGUCGGCUGACCCCAAGUACCAGCAGCUCAUGUGCUUCCACGUCUACGCCGAGCCCCACGAGGGCAUCGCACCCAGCCCCUCCGCCUACUACGAGGUGGAAGAGCCCAUCCCCUUCUACGCCACGGGACGGGGCUCCAGCCCCAGCUCCGAGGAGAACGUCUACUCCGAGGUGGCGGUGGCCCGGCAGGACCUGCCCACCCCUCUCCCUGGGGGGGUCCGAGGAGCCUUCUCCACGCUGCCCCCCAAACCCCGCGCUCAUCGUCAGCUCUUCCGCAGCGCGUCCAGCCAGGCCUCCAAGAAGCGGCAGCUCCCGGCUGCUCCCACCGCAGUCAGGAAGGAGAGAGGAGGCUCCGGCCCGGCCGCGGAGGUUCCUCAGGGCACGACGACGAACCCUCGGCUGGAGUUCGACAAUCCCGUUGGCAGCCGGAGGACGAGCGGCACAAAGCGAGCCACGACUGCGGCAGGGCAGGAGAGCCCCGAGAACAUUUACGAGCAGCUUUCUGGAGACCGUCUCUGAGCCACCCACCCAGACAACCAGCACUGGCGAUACCAAUCCGCUCCGCCCCAGGAUUCCCACGCCCUUCCCGACACGACAGCCUGCUUCCCAAGCCCUGCGAGAGAGUUAAGAGGAGAAACAGAUUUAAUUUAUCUUGAAACACAUUCGGAA